AUGUCUACCACCUAUCUACCUAACAAUAAAACCAGCCGAAAACGACUGCGUUUAAGAAGAAACCCUUAUUUGGUGCCGGAGUUAGAAUCGGAGAUGGCGACGGCGGAGUUAGAAUCAGAAAUCAACAAUGAUUCACUUCCUUAUCUUCCUAUCGAUCUCGUCCCUGAUAUCUUCUGUUGGCUACCUGUAAAACUCCUGGUACAACUCCGAUGCAUGUGCAAGUCAUGGAAUUCUCUAAUCUCCGAUCGCAGUUUCACCAGAAAGCACCUCAGCCUCUCAACCACUCGCCGCCUCCAUUACCAGCAUAAACCACGCGAGUUUAUUCACAAUUCUUACCCACUCGAAUCGGUUUUAACCAAUAGAUCAACCAAAGUCCCAGAACGCUGGGUUCAUUUGAACUGUAUUGCUGGUUCCUGUGACGGCAUACUUUGUAUUUCCGAUAAGCCUAACUGUUUAGCUUUAUUCUGGAAUCCUUCUAUUAGAAAGUUCAAGGAAUCUCCCCCUUUUCAAAACUUUGAAAUUCUUAACAAGGUUUAUUCGACCUACGGCUUUGGCUAUGAUCGCGUUUCUGAUAAUUAUAAAGUGGUUGUUCUUUACAACUCCGAACCUGAUUUCCCUACCAUAACUACAGUUAAAAUUCAUACUUUGGGCACCAAUUUUUGGAAAACCAUUCCGACCUUUCCUUCUGGAACACAUGUCUUUGAUGAGCAAUCUGGAACACAUGUAAGAGGUACACUUAAUUGGAUUGCCUAUACUGGACGGCGUCAGCAAGGUCCGCUUUUAAUUGCUUCUUUCGAUUUGGGAAAGGAGUCUUAUCAGAAGCUUUUGCCUCCUGAUCAUCCAGAGAUCUGUCAGCUUUACUUAACAUUGGCUGUCUUGAGGGACUGUUUGUGCCUAAUUUCUGAUCAUCAUAUUUGGGUCAUGAAGGAAUAUGGAAUUCAUGACUCUUGGACUAAAUUGUUCUCGGUUUCAUACAUGCAACAUCCUACUAGGUGUUAUAUCUUGUCCAGGGUAUUGUAUAUUUUUGAUGCUUCUGGAAACUCAUGUGGAUUGGAAAACGAAGUUGGUUGUUUAUGA